ACAGAAUGCUAAAACAACACGUCACGUCUACGUCACCUAAACCCGGAAAAGAUUGGGAAGAGAGGCAGUACGUGGCCUUAUCAUCUUGAACCUCGAGAGGCAGGAGCUCUGCUUUAUUCGAAAUGGAACUCGAGGCGAUGACCAGAUAUACCAGCCCGGUGAAUCCGGCUGUGUUCCCCCACCUCACGGUGGUCUUGUUGGCCAUUGGGAUGUUCUUCACAGCCUGGUUCUUCGUCUAUGAGGUCACUUCAACCAAAUACACCAGAGACGUCUACAAGGAGUUGCUUAUCUCCCUGGUAGCUUCACUUUUCAUGGGCUUCGGUGUGCUCUUCUUGCUGCUCUGGGUUGGCAUCUACGUAUGAAGGAUGCCAAUUUAGAUGACGACACAUUCCAUCAGGACAACACAGGACAUGGAUUUUGAGUUGGAUUGGACCGCACUGACAAUAAUUGGGAUUGUUUUCAAAUAAAAGGGGGCUUUGUACAACUUC